AUGGACGAAGUCUUCGAUGUCGCAGUCAUAGGGGCCGGUAUGGCUGGCCUUAUUGCGGCGCGCGAUAUCAGUGAAAAGGGCUAUAAAGUGGUACUCAUUGAGGCCCGAGAUCGUGUUGGAGGACGAACCUACAUGGAUCAGGCUUGUGGUGAUGUGCUUGAGCUUGGUGGUGGUUAUGUACACUGGACGCAACCGUAUAUUUGGACCGAGCUUCAGCGCCAUGGCAUUACCCUCAAUCCACCGAUGGAUGAAGGAAAGAGUUACUGGCUUGCUGACGGAGCCGUGCACUCUGGGAGCUCUCAGGAAUUUUCCCAGAUUGUGUCUCCACUUCUAGACCGGUUCUUUGCAGACAGCCGUGCUCGAUUCCCUGUGCCGUUCAACCUUACCGCCAUCGACAACUCAGAAAUCGAAAAGGAUUCGAUUGAAGAUCGCAUCAACUCCUUGGGGUUGUCUUCAUACCAACGUGAUGUUUUGGAAGGUGCAUUGUCUGGCCUGGUACAUUCCUACAAAAGUCAUGGCAUUGCUCAAUUACUUCAUGCUGUGGCCACCUACUCCGGGAGUUUUGAUGCAUUUUUCGAAACAGCAGGCACUUGGAGCAUCAAGGGUGGAACGAAGAAGUUAAUCAAUUCCAUUUUGGCUCAAACAAAUGCCAAGCUCCUUCUCUCGACACCGGUGAGCUCUAUCGUCGACAAAGGCUCUCGGGUGAUUAUUGGGACUCGGGAUGAGCAAACGAUUCAUGCGCGUAUGGUGAUUACUGCCCUCCCACUAAACACCAUCGGCGACAUUCACAUGACGCCGAAUCUUACCCCUCUGGCACAAUCUAUGAUUACCGAAAAGAACCCCACCAUGGCUGGCAAGCUCUGGAUUAGAGUCAAAGGCGAGGUCGAGCCCUUCACGAUCUAUGCACCAGCCGGGAAAUACCCACUCAAUGCACUCCGAACUGAGCGGUAUUCUGAUGGAGACACUCUUAUCCUAUGCAUGUGCUCGGAUGAUGCUACUAUACGCUCUCAGGACAGAUCUGGGGUACAAUCACUGCUACAAAGGUUUCUACCGGAUGUUCAAGUGAUAGAUAUCGCUUACCAUAGUUGGGUUAACGAUGAAUUUGCCAAAGGAGGCUGGAUGAUGAACCGACCUGGAUUUUUUACAACUGGCGCAGUUGAACUUCAGAAACCACAUGGCAAUGUCUACUUCGCAGGAAGUGACAUUUCCGCAAGUGAGCCUGGCUCUAUUGAAGGUGCUCUGUCUAGCGGAGCUCAAGCUGCUCGCGAUGUUUCUAUCGGGCUCGAGCUAUCUAAAGAGAGAUCAAAGAUCUAG